AUGGGUAGGUCUCCAUGCUGCGCAGAGGAUGCCAAUCUGAAAAGGGGGCCGUGGACUCCGGAGGAAGAUCAGAAGUUGAUUGAUUACAUUAACGAACAUGGCCAUGGAAGUUGGAGGGUUCUUCCAAAGCUUGCGGGCUUAAACAGAUGUGGCAAAAGUUGCAGACUAAGGUGGACUAAUUAUCUGAGGCCUGAUAUCAAGAGAGGAAGAUUCACUGAAGAAGAAGAAGUUAUUAUUAACCUUCAUUCGUUUCUUGGAAACAAGUGGUCUAGGAUUGCUACUCAUCUUCCUGGACGAACAGAUAAUGAAAUCAAGAACUUUUGGAAUACCCACAUCAGGAAAAAGCUCCUGAACAUGGGAAUUGACCCUCACACCCACAAGCCAAGAACUGACGUUGAUCAUCUUUUACAUCUUUCCCCGUUGCUUUGUGCCGCACAAUUAGCCAACUUGAUGAACCCUUGGGACACAGCUUUUAAACUACAGGCUGAUGCCGCUCAACUAGCCAAAGCCCAACUAUUGCAAAACCUAAUGCAAAUAAUGAACGCAAACAAACUUGCAAAUGUUGAGAGUUCUGGUUUCCUUGGAUCCCAAGAUCUGUACCCAUUUGAGGGAGUGCUUAAUACAACAGGCACCCUAUCUGCUAAAGAAGUAACCCCAACACCUCAGAGUACUCCAAAUAACGCUGGUGGAAUCCCUCAAACUUUAAGUAACGACCAGGCUGUAGAAAUCCCAUCGGAAUAUUUUCAAGGUGGAUUCAACUAUGAUAGCCUUGACAUGAACAAUCAGAGUUUGAACAAUUCCUUUGAACGAACAGAAAAUCCACUUCCUGAGUUGAUUUCAGGAUCUCUUGAGACUUCACCAAUUAACCAGAUGGAAAACAAGACCGAUACAGCACCAGACACGACUAUCUAUGAGGAUUGGGAGAAGCUAAUUAUGGAAGAUGAAGCCGAUGACUCCUACUGGAAAGAAAUCGUAGACUUCACUUCAACAUUCCCAUCACCUAUCUCAUGGUAGAGCGCCUUUCGGCAUGAUACAUACUAUCAAGUGUCAACUUGAUGCAGAGAAAAAUAUUUCAUGUGGUAUUCUUUCCAUUUUAUUUUGGGGUUCGUUCAUUUGCUUUUUUUCAUUUCCGAAGCUUAAUUGAGCUAACCUAUGCUAAAUUGUAAAAACACCUUCAAGCGUCCAUGAA